AUGGACUGCAAAUGUAUCCAGUGCAUUGAGUCGAGUUCUGACUAAUGGAUUGAGAGUAACGAACGUGCUGCUGUGUCUGUGAGGAGGGUGCCACCUGAGUACACAGUCACUCAUCUCAACUAUAUAAAGGCUGGCCAGACCUAGAAGGGACCAUGAAGCAACUCCAGGGAAACAGAGAGAGAGAAGCCAGAAGACAUCUACCAACGCACAGCAGGCAGCCAGGCACAGACUCCCCCUUUCUCACCGACACUCAACAGAGGGAACACAGGUGAGCAGCACCAAACCCCUAAUACUCAUUUUCAACCGCUGAAAUAUUUCCCAUUAGGAAUUUUCUCUGAAUUAUAUUAUCUUCUAUUGUGAUGCUGUUUGGCUGAAAUUGCUGACAUUUUAAACAACUUGUCCUCUUUUCUCUGCUAAUGUCUAGGAGGUCAAAAGAUGAAAGGCACCCACUCUUUCGCUGGACUUCUGCUCUUGAUCAUUGUUCAGAGCAGCUGGCAGAUCCCACAGGAGGACACAGAGGACAACUCUAGGUAAGAGCCUUGAACUCGGAGCAACUUCUUAACUCUGCACCAUUCAGGUUAAGGCUUUCUCUCUCUCUAUCUCUCUGUGAAUCAGCAUCCUGUAACUGCUGACUUGUCUUUUUGCAGCCUAUUGACAGAGGACUCUAUGUUUAGUGAGCCAAGGGAGCUUUCAAACAUGAAGAGACAUUCAGAGGGAACAUUCUCUAACGACUACAGUAAAUAUCUCGAGUCGAGACGAGCACAAGACUUUGUCCAGUGGCUGAUGAACUCCAAGAGAAGUGGGUGAGUGUCUCUUUCUUCUUCCCUACUGGUGUCAGUCUUCCUCAUUCCAUUCACAAUGCAGUGGAUCAUCUUCCAAUAUGAGACAGCUAAAACUGAAACUGUAUGAAUGCAGUAGUUAUAAUAAGAGAUGUCGAGUGAAAUGUCAAAUGUUUUUGCUGAGCUAUAACCGAAGAUAAGCUUUUGCUACACUUUUAUGACAUACUGGAUAUAUUUACUGCAUGUUGGUGAUUAUCUUGGUUGUAUAUAUGUUACAGCUCAGUAAAACCUUACUACAUCAGCUUAACAAUGCACAGUGAAUCAAUUUGCUUAUUAUCAACACUAUAAAAUCUCUCCAUGUGUUUUCAGUGGUCCCAUCAAACGGCAUGCAGAGGGUACCUACACGAGCGACGUGAGCUCCUACCUGCAGGACCAGGCAGCCAAGGAGUUUGUGUCCUGGCUGAAGAAUGGCCGAGGCAGACGAGAGUAGGGCUCCUCUACUCAGCCACAGAGUCCCAGUGUCUUAUGUCCCUGCAGUCAAGAGAGAAUGCAACUCAUCCAGAAUGACCCCCCUGUUUCAUUUCAUGUUUUAUAACCUGUAUCGUCCUUCCUCUGGUCAUGCUAAUAAAUCCCCUGACAAGAAA